AUGAUAGUGAUAAGUCUCAUUGCAUUUUCGCAGCUGAUAUUGUUAGCAGUGAUAGCAAACGAUGAAAUGAAUAUAUUUGAUGAGACAUAUGCAAGCAUUACGGUACCGAAGAAUUACCGGAAAAAUCAUGCACUUCCGUUUGCCUCACCUUCCAUUAUUGCUGAUGCUGAAGAAAGUUUUCGUUUAUCAUUGCAACAAACUGAAUAUUCGAACGCUUUCACUAUUAUUCCAAAAAUUAUUAUCUCCGGUCAGCAAUUUGAUAUUAUUCUUGAUGAUGCACACAUCCUUAAUGUUGCUGAUAAAAUAACACUUCAGGCUGAAGCAAAAUCAACAAGUACCUCACGUCAAGGUAUUUUCACAUUAGAUAUUAACGUAAACAAUGCCGUGAAUAAGCGAUUAUUUGAAGCUGACCAAUAUAUGUUUGAGUUGUCAACGUUUUCUCGAACUGCUAAAAUUGGCACUAUUAAACUGAUUAAUGGAAUUUCAGCUAGAGAUGUUAAAUAUACAAUAUAUGGAAGCAUGGCUAAUUAUUUUUCAUUGGAGCCAAAAGUUGAUAAUAUCAUUGAAUUGAUAAGUUUGGAGUGUCCAUCAGAAUGUCACAAAAUACCGCGACAAUUUGCACUUAUGAUUAGAGCAAAAAUUGAUAAUCGUAAACAACCAUAUGAUAUACCACUAUCAAUUAAAUUUACUGCCAAUGAUGGUGGACAAAGACCACAUUUUAAACAAAGUGUAAUUUCUCUAAAUCUUAAAGAAAAAUCAUUAAUGAAUAAUCCACUGCUAAUGGAAGUUGACAAUCCUGAUAAUGUCAAUGUCACUUUUAUUCUCAAUGAUUAUAAUCGAAUUUUUGAAAUUAAUGAAAAAUUUGGUGUUCUUUCAAUUCGAAAUAGUGAAUUAUUAACUGUUGAUAAUCUUGGUGAACACUUCAAUAUGUCUUUAUCAAUUUCAAAUGGAAAAAAUAUUAUUGAUACAGCAAUUAUUAUGAUUACACUUAAUCCAAUCAUUGAUCAACAAAUUAUGGCACCAAAAUUUUCACAUAAUAUUUAUGCAUUUGCGGCAAAACCUGGCGAAUCUUUUGUUGGUCAAGUGUUAGCGCAAAGUUCAGAUAGCGAUAUAACAUAUCGCAUUGCUGAAGGUGGCGCAACAUUAUUUCAAAUUAAUUCAACUGAUGGACGGAUUUUCUAUUAUGGUUCACUUAGCAAAGACCCACGUAAUUAUGAAUUAAAGGUUGUAGCAAUUGAUGAAAGCUCACCACCAUAUAUUGAUGUAGCACUUGUUCAGGUAUUGAUUGCUGGUUUAGGAAGUUCACCAGCAAAAUUCGAAACUAAAGAACCUGUUUUAGUUGCAAUUAAUAAAACAAGUGGCGCCGGAACAAUGCUUCAUCAAUUUACUGCAAUAGACGCUGAUCCGAAUGCAAAAGUGAUGUAUUCAAUUAAUUCACUGAAAGCUUACGAUGAUCUUGGUAAUGUCAUUCCGGAUUCAUCCCAACUGUUUGAGCAUUUCCGUUUUCGUAAAAAUGGUCUCAACGAUGGGACACUACAACUUACAAAAAGCUUCAAAAACACUUCCAUUAUGGCAUUUUUGGCAAAUAUUAGCGCUACUGAUAUAAGCCACCCGGAUGAACCGGAUGAUAAAGCAGAAUUAAUAGUUCAAUUGAUAGUACCGGAAGAGCAAAUAUCAGAUGCGGAUCUUAUAAAAUUUGAUCAAUCACGAUCAGUUAUUGAAAUACCGGAAAGCACAAUUCCUGGCACCUAUAUUUAUACCGUAAAUGUAAAACCGCUUCCAGCUAAUUUAGCCAGAAAUCAUCGUAUUGUAUAUUCAGUAUCGAAAGGACAUCGUGCUUUUGUCGUAAAUCCAAUAACAGGUGUCAUAACAACAGCAGCAAAGUUACGUACUGGAAUUGAUUAUAAUCUUACCAUUACCGCCACUAAUCAAAAUACACAAAUGACAAGUUCAACAUCAAUUUUAAUCAAAGUUAUACCAACAAUAAAGCAACGUAUUCCAAUAUUCCCAAAUGAAUCCUAUAUUUUUAAUAUUACCGAAAAUGCUCCAAGCGGAACCAUUGUGGGUACUUUAAUUAAAUCAACAAAUACUACAACCAGAAUUAAGUAUACAAUUGCUGGGAAUGAAAAAAAUUAUUUUAAAAUUGAUAAGAAGGGUACAAUUCGUACACUUACGCCAUUUGAUUAUGAGAAAAAACCCAUAUUUCACUUUUUCAUAAAUGCAUAUUGUGAUAAUGGGCCAUUUACGUCAUUUACGUCAUUACCGAUAACGGUUAAUGUGUUAGAUGAAAAUGAUGUUAAGCCUCGAUUUCUGGAACGAUCAUUUGCUGCAACAGUGAUGGAAAAUAGUCCAAUAAAUACAUUUAUAAUUAAUGCUGUGGCAAUUGAUAGUGAUUCAAAUGUGGAAUAUUCACUAAUGAUGAAUAGUGAAUCAUCAGCUUUAUCAUCUUUGCUUCACGUUGAUGGAGAUGGUACCAUUCGUAAUGUGGAACCAUUACUGGGAUUAGAAGGAAGGUAUCAAUUUGCAAUCAUUGCCCGAGAUGACCGACAUACCGGUGCAUCUGCUACCAUUUUUCUCACUAUCUUGCCAACCUCAAAAUGUCAACCAACUUUUUUAGAAAAUGUUCCAAAUGUCGUUUAUGUUAAUGAGAAUGAAUUUCCGGGUUCAACACUAGCAAAAUUCGAGGGUACAGUGUCAAGUAAAGAUUGUCCGGUAACUUAUGCAAUAUGGAAUGGCAUGAAAUAUGUUGGUGAAACGGAAUUAUUCACAAUUGAUUCAUUAACCGGUGAAUUAAAAGCUAAAGAAAUGUUUGAUUGCGAGGAGAACGAUCGUCAUGCUCUUGUUGUUGCUGCAUUCAGCGGUGAUUUGUUUGCUGAAUUAGACGUUGAAAUUCGUAUUAUUGAUCAAAAUGAUAAUUCAAUAGAAAUUAUUGAUAACAAUGUGCUCUUCAGUAUACGUGAAGACGAAAAUGUUGGCCUUUUAAUAACCAAAAUCCGAGCAUUUGAUCGAGAUAUCAAUGAUAAGGUUUAUUUUCACAUGAAAGAUGACAAUAAAAAGUUUACAAUUGGCCAUAUGGAUGGUAUUUUGAAAUUAGCAAAUGAAUUAGAUCGAGAAGAGCAAGAUUUCUAUGAGCUUCACAUAAUGGUAACUAAUUCGGAGGGAUUACCAGAUAACGAGAAUGAUGCUGCGUUUGCUACUGUUCGAAUUAUGAUAUUAGAUGUAAACGACAAUGGACCAGUAUUUGAAAGCAAUAUAUAUACAAAAGCAAUUCCACGUGAUGCAAUAGCAGGGAUGGAAAUUGUUAAAGUUUUAGCAAUGGAUCCGGAUUUGAUCAAUGCUUCUUCACCGAAUUCUGAUUCGGUACGCUACCGGAUCGAUGAAACAAUUUAUCGAUAUGCUGAUCGAGUUAGACAAGUAAAUGGUUUUGUUAAUGUGGAUGAGAAAUCCGGAAUUAUACGACUGGUGCAAUCGCCAUACGAUUCAGCUGGUGGUAUAUUUGAAUCACGUAUUGCUAGCACCGAUCUUUCUGAUAUAAUUUCUCAUGUUGCUACCACCAAAUUGAAAGUAUAUUUUAAUAAUUUCUUUUUGACUUUUUGA